GGGCCCUUCAGCAACGAGUGCUGUUUGUUCAGCGUGUUGUGGGACAGUAGCACCAGUUAGUGGGUUGACAGCUGCUUCCCAGUGUCUCUUCUUCACUGUCACCAUGUCCCGCUUCCUCACUUUGUCCCGAUUUGGUAUCACGUCUUUGUCCGCAUGGACCACUCGGAGGGUUCCGCCAUGCGUACGAGGAUAUAGCGCUUGUGUCUCGCGCUCCUUGACACAGGACACACAGGUUGAACGCCAGCAGAGUUGGAGCAGCCGGCCCAGCUUGUGGCGUCCUCAGCAGGCGUUCCCUUGGCUCAAGCAGCAGUCUUUCUACAGCACACAGGAGGCUGAGAAGGAGCCCGAGGAGGAGCCCUUGCACACCAUCAUCAGCGAUUCAGAGACUGUGCAAGGCACCUUCUCCAAACAUGAAUUUCAGGCCGAGACUAAGAAGCUUCUGGACAUUGUUGCCAGGUCUCUGUAUUCAGAGAAGGAGGUGUUCAUCAGGGAGCUCAUCUCCAACGGCAGUGAUGCUCUGGAGAAACUGCGCCACAAACUGGUCACUGCAGGGGGCCAGACGGCUCCCAUGGAGAUCCACCUGCAGACGGAUGUUGCCAAGGGCACCUUCACCAUACAGGACACGGGAGUGGGGAUGAACCAAGAGGAGCUGGUUGCAAACCUGGGUACCAUCGCCCGCUCAGGUUCCAAGGCCUUCUUGGAUGCGCUUCAGAACCAAACGGAGGCCAGCAGCACAAUCAUCGGGCAGUUUGGCGUCGGCUUCUACUCAGCCUUCAUGGUGGCCGACCGCGUAGACGUCUACUCGCGGGCCGCCGAGUCCGGCUCACCCGGGUUCAAGUGGUCCUCCGACGGCUCGGGCGCCUUUGAGAUCGCCGAAGCCAGCGGUGUCCAACAGGGAACAAAGAUUGUGUUGCACCUCAAAGACGACUGCAAGGAGUUUGCCUCCGAGGACAGAGUCAAAGACGUUGUGACCAAGUACAGCAACUUUGUCAGCUUCCCCAUUUUCCUCAACGGUCGCCGGCUCAAUACUCUGCAGGCGUUGUGGAUGAUGGAGCCCAAAGAGAUCAGCGACUGGCAGCACGAGGAGUUCUACCGCUUUGUGGCGCAGGCCUAUGACAAGCCGCGCUACACGCUGCACUACCGCGCCGACGCCCCACUCAACAUCCGCAGCAUCUUCUACGUCCCUGAAACGAAGCCGUCCAUGUUUGACGUGAGCAGGGAGAUGGGCUCCAGCGUGGCGCUCUACAGCAGGAAGGUUCUCAUCCAGACCAAAGCCGCCGACAUCCUGCCCAAGUGGCUGCGCUUCCUCCGAGGUGUGGUGGACAGCGAAGACAUCCCGCUCAAUCUGAGCAGAGAGCUGCUGCAGGAGAGCGCCCUCAUCAGGAAGCUCCGUGACAUCCUGCAGCAGAGGGUGAUCCGUUUCCUGCUGGACCAGAGCAGGAAGGAGCCGGAGAAGUACAACAAAUUCUUCGAGGACUACGGCCUCUUCAUGCGCGAGGGCAUCGUCACUACCCAUGAGCAGGACGUCAAGGAGGAUAUCGCCAAGCUGCUCCGCUACGAAUCGUCGGCACUGCCGGCGGGCCAGCACACCAAUCUAACCGAGUACGCCUCCCGCAUGAAGGCGGGAACCCGCAACAUCUACUACCUGUGCGCCCCCAACCGCCAUCUCGCGGAGCACUCGCCCUACUUUGAGGCAAUGAAGCAGAAAGACAUGGAGGUGCUGUUCUGCUACGAGCAGUUCGACGAGCUGACCUUGCUUCACCUGAGGGAGUUUGACAAGAAGAAGCUAAUCUCGGUGGAGACGGACAUUGUGGUGGACCACUACAAGGAGGAGAAGUUUGAGGACAGCAAACCAGCAUCGGAGCGCCUGACUCAGGAGCAGGCCGACGACUUGACGGCGUGGAUGAAGAAUGCCCUGGGCCCUCGGGUCACUAACGUCAAGCUUACCCCUCGCCUGGACACGCACCCCGCCAUGAUCACGGUACUAGAAAUGGGCGCCGCACGCCAUUUCCUACGUACGCAGCAGCUGGCUCGCAGUGCCGAGGAGAGAGCCCAGAUACUGCAGCCCACUCUGGAGAUCAACACAGGACAUGAUCUGAUCAAGAAGUUACACGCGCUUAAGGACUCCAACAAUGAACUGGCCGCACUGCUACUUGAACAGAUUUACGACAACGCCAUGAUCACGGCGGGCUUGACCGACGAUCCCCGGCCAAUGAUUUCCCGCCUCAACGACCUGCUGACAAAAGCGUUGGAGAAGCACUGAGAGGAAAAGACAAGUACUCUUUUUUUGCAGAUUUUUGUGGCUCUGAAAUGCAAAUGGGAGAUUCGAGCUUUUCCAUCAGCACUUUUUUGUUUUUGUUAGUUUGUUUUUUAACUCAGAGUUAACCUCCCAUUGCAUUUUUGAGGAUGGCAAACCAAAGAAGGAAUACAAAAUAAGAUGGCAGCUUCUUGGAAAACAUGGUCACAUUUUUACACAAAAAAGUAACAUUACACGUAUGUCAUAUACAAGAGACAUCCUCCCGUUUUCACAUCUGAAGCCGCCAAAUCAAAAUGGCCGCAGUUCAAGUGGAGGGGAAAGCGAGCGCCUGUACUUUGAGCUCCGGCAUCCAGGCUGCCGUUUUGUGUCCGUUUGCGAGCCUCUCCAAAAUGGGCCUUUUCUGCGUUUCGGGCCUGCCGUCUCCAGACCCGUCUUGUCCAGAUCCAGAAACUCCCCCACCCGGGUGAUGUCAGGAAAGUUUGUCUAUGUUGGCAAGGAAGCGCUGCGCCCACCACUCGUCCAGAUCGAUGGGCACAAAGUCUGAGGAGAAGACAGGAACAAUCACUAUUGUGAAUAUGGAGUUCAAAAGAAAAGAAAAUGUCAUAAAAAUA